AUGACCACAGCAGCGGUCAUGACGAUCUCGCUGCCGGUUGUGCAGCCUGUGACCGGGAUCGGGCUGCCGGUGUCCCAGUUGACGUAUAUCGUGAGCGGAGCGCACCUAGAGUGGACGAGGCCUGGCGAUCGGUUACGGGCCACCGAGUCGGGCGAGUACGUGGCCCGUAACGUGGCGCCCGCCCGGAUGGCGAUGAGACACGACGGCGUCAUCUACCUGGCCAUGCCCAGACUCAGGCGAGGCGUGCCGUUCACGCUCGGCGCCAUCGAGUACGACCCGUGCUUAAGCACCAUCGAACCGCCCGUGUCGCCGUACCCGUGCGCUGCAGCCCAUUGGAAUGCUUCGCGGCCCAACUCCGGUACGGGCAACUGGACCAUGGUCAACGUGGUGGACGUGCAAUUGGACGAUGGUGGCGUGCUGUGGGCGCUGGACAUCGGUAUGGUGAACCUGCUCGAGGACGGAGCGCCCGUCGUAGUUCGGCCGCCGAUGAUAUUUGCAUUCGACACGGACACCAAUGAAAUAGUGCGGGCGAUCGACUUGUCGCGCGCGACCACGGCGGCCAGCUGCUUGCAAUCGAUCGUGGUCGACCACAGCACGACCGCGGGUCAGUUCGUGUACGUGUCGGACGCCGGACUGGGCAACGUUAUCGUGUACAAUGUGGCCUGUGACAGUUCGUUCAAGGUGUACGUGCCGGUUGGAUCGUGCGGACAGCGGGACGUCAUGUACAUGGCACCAGUCCUGGCCAACGUGUUGGACAUGGCCGCGGGCCGUGGUAUGGCCCAUUACCGACGGCUCUACGUCACGUACCUGUCGUCGUGUGACAUGCUAUACAUCCCUGCGCAUGUCGUCGACCAGACRUCGGUCGGACUGCCRACCGUCAACAUUGGUCGGAAGCCGUGCAAGAUGAUCGUUCUGGGCACCGACCGCGGAUCCGUCAUCUACUUCCGGACCGGCAGCGACACAGGCGAAAUCCUUAGCUGGGACGUCAACAAGCUGUUCCGGCACGAAAGCUUUAUGUAA